AUGACGCCACGAUCUUCCUCAGCAAACCCUAGAUCUGCCUCCCUCCUUACAGAUCUGCAAUACCCACCUAGAUCUGCUUCCCUCCUUACAGAUCUGCAACCAUGUCCUCAUCUUGUGUUCAGAAUCGAAGGAGAGAGACGAAGGAGACAUCCAAAUCUUCACCGAUGUACGUUGCCGUCGUGGAGUUCUGAAUCACCGACGAUGACAACGUUUUCUGAUGAUAGCGAAGAUUUAGGGGAAGUAUGUGAAGCUUGUUCUUCCAUUGAUGGGGAUACCAAAACGCAUCAACCGACAGUUGGGAUCAUGGAUUUGGAGGUGCUCAUGGACAUUAGACUUGUAGCGUCGCCCGAUUCAGCAGUAAACGAGAUGAAGACACUGUUGGGUGUAAGGGAACGGAUCAAUAAAAGAGUUGAGACAGGGAAUAAGUCAAUCAAGCAAUUUAAGGAAAAACCUGCUCAAUGUAAAAACAAAAUCGGAAAAACGGGUCCUGGUCUGGCUCAACAAGUUAUGGAAUUUCGGAAAAAGAGACUUAUCAAGGAGACAAGAUGGUAUGUUAUUUCAUCUUUAGCAAGUGUUAUCUCUGUUGCAAAUUGA